AUGGAGGUGGAGGACUCCGGCGGCGUGGUGCUGACCGCCUAUCACUCCUACGCGCGCUCCCAGCAGCCCAGCGGCGAACAGCGCUGCGCGUCCCGGUCCGCCGCCAGUCACCCGCUCAGCAGAAAAUCCAUUCCUCGCUGCCGAAGAAUCAACAGGAUGCUCUCCAAUGAAUCCCUACAUUCUCCUGCAUUCUGCCGCUCCAACUCACAAGCCUCCGUAGACAGCACCUCCAUGGAGGAUUUCUGGCGGGAAAUAGAAAGCAUUAAAGAGAACAGCGUGGGAGGGCAGGAAGAGCAGCUGCCGGCCGAGGUCAAGCCUGUGGAUGAAGGAGAACUUGAAGCUGAGUGGCUGCAAGAUGUGGGUUUAUCAACUUUGAUCUCAGGCAACGAAGAGGAAGAUGGGAAAGCCCUGCUCUCUACAUUGACUCGAACCCAAGCAGCUGCGGUGAAAAAGAGAUAUAAUACCUAUACCCAAACCCUGAGAAAAAAGAAUAAGCAGUCUGUCAGGGAUGUCAGAGACAUCUUUGGAGUUAGUGAAUCUCCUCCAGAUGAUGCUUGUGACAACCAUACUGCUCAGUUGGGUGGCACUGAGGAAGAAAAAGAGGUACCAGAAGUUAUCCAAACGAGUGGUCCUGUGCCAGAUGAUGCUUCUCUCAACAGUACUACCCUGCCCAAUGGGUCCCGGAAUGAAGAAGGGAGUUUUGUAGAUCCUAGGAUCGGCUCCAUGUCCAUACUGGAGGCUAUUCCAGAUGUACCAGUUCAUUCCAAUGGGUCUGCAGAUGUGGGGCAGUCAGCUCAUAGUGCAUUGAGUGAUGAUUAUCUGGAAAAGGACAUUCCAGCAGAGACUGAAGAGGUGUCCUUUGAAGUAUCUUAUUCAGAAAUGGUUACAGAGGCUCCAAAAAGAAAUAGAUCUAAGAAGUCAGAGAUUAAGAAAGAAGACUAUGCUUUAACUAAACUCACUGUUCAGAAAACCAGACUUGGCUUAACCGAAGCAGGAGACCUGUCUGCUGAGGACAUGAAGAAAAUUCGCCAUCUCUCUCUGAUUGAAUUGACUGCCUUUUUUGAUGCAUUUGGAAUUCAACUGAAAAGAAACAAAACAGAGAAAGUAAAAGGACGAGACAAUGGGAUUUUUGGAGUUCCACUUACAGUCCUCCUGGACAAUGACAGAAAGAAAGACCCUGAAGUGAAAGUUCCCCUUGUAUUACAAAAAUUUUUUGAGAAAGUCGAGGAAUCAGGUCUGGAAUCUGAAGGAAUUUUUCGACUUUCAGGAUGUACUGCCAAAGUCAAGCAAUACCGUGAAGAACUGGAUGCCAAGUUUAAUACUGAUAAAUUUAAAUGGGACAAAAUGUGCCAUAGAGAAGCUGCAGUAAUGUUGAAAGCAUUUUUCAGAGAACUGCCCACCUCUCUCUUCCCUGUGGAAUAUAUACCUGCCUUCAUCACCCUAAUGGAAAGAGGGCCUCACAUCAAAGUGCAGUUUCAAGCCUUACACCUGAUGGUCAUGGCACUUCCUGACGCCAACAGGGAUACGGCCCAGGCCCUCAUGACAUUCUUCAAUAAAGUGAUUGCCAAUGAAUCAAAAAACCGAAUGAGUUUGUGGAACAUUUCCACUGUAAUGGCACCAAACCUUUUCUUCAGCAGAAGCAAACAUUCUGACUAUGAAGAAUUACUGUUAGCAAACACUGCAGCCCACAUCAUCCGCCUAAUGCUUAAGUACCAGAAAAUUCUAUGGAAGGUUCCAUCUUUCUUAAUCACCCAAGUAAGGAGGAUGAAUGAAGCCACCAUGCUGUUAAAGAAGCAGCUCCCAAGUGUGAAAAAGCUGCUCCGGAGGAAGACCAUAGAACGGGAGGGUACAAGCCCCAAGACUUCAAAGGUACUACAAAAAUCACCCUCUUCUAGAAGAAUGUCUGACGUGCCAGAAGGAGUCAUAAGGGUCCAUGCUCCUCUUCUCUCUAAAGUGUCCAUGGCCAUUCAACUGAAUAGUGAAACUAAAGCCAAAGACAUAUUGGCGAAAUUUCAAUAUGAAAACAGUCAUGGUUCAUCAGAGUGUAUUAAGAUUCAGAACCAAAGAUUAUAUGAAAUUGGAGGAAAUAUAGGACAGCAUUGCUUGGAUCCAGAUGCAUAUAUUUUGGAUGUAUAUCAUGUAAAUCCUCAUGCAGAAUGGGUGAUUAAGCCCCAAGCGAGUCUUUGAAGAUGGCUGCUAUUCUGUGUUCUAUGCCAAGAAGAUCCUACAUUUUGUGGGGGAAAA